CCCUCUUGUGUUUGCCAGCCAACCCUGAGCUGCUGAGAGUCCUGUUUCUUCGUCGCGUGUGUCAAGUCGCCGUCGUCAUCGUCGGGAUAGAAAGAAAAGAAAAAGAGGAACAAAAAAAAAAGUGAAAGGAAAAGCCCGAGCCAGUGAAAAAUCGAAAGAUUUUUCCUGCUCGCCCACAAAUGCGUUAAUUAACGCGAACUGCGACGGAGUCACGUGCGUGCGUGCGUGAGUGUGUGUUUUGUGAUUUCGGAAGCGCUACGAAUCUUCGAGGAUAAUCCGCACCGAGGAUGGCCGAUGCGGAUUUCGAGGAGUUUCGCCAAACUUUGGAUACUUUUCCAACCUUCAGCAAGGCUCCAGCACCGUUUUAUACACUGCUGCCCGAUGUGGAGCUGGACGACGAAACGCCGUCGACCAAGAGCGGAGACGAUGCCUCAGACCACGAGGACCUGCUGAGUGACACGGACUCCGUUCUCAAACCAGUCAACGGUCCCAGCAAGACCCAGCAAAUCAUCCAAACCAUUUCGACCAUCAGCAGCAGUAGCAGCGCCGAGGAUGACGAAAUUGGCGACGGUUUGCGGACAACGACGACGACGACAACGGCCGUGGUAGCAGCGGCCAAGGGCUCGGACGUUGGUUCCACCGGGGUGACGAACACGACGACCACAGCACAGGAACAGGGUGGUCAGCUGCAGUUGACACUGUGCAACACCACGUCGUCACAGCUGGCCCGAACCAGCUCGUUGCCGUGGAUUCCGGGACAGGUCGAGCGGCGACGUCGCAAGCUGCCGGAGAUUCCCAAGAACAAGAAAUCUUCCGUACUUCAGAUGCUCUCCUCCGGGUACACUUCGCUGGCCGACGAGCUGAACGCCAGCCGGAAGGGUUCGAUCGGCAGCCACGGCCACAACAGCCACUUUCACCACCACCACUCCGGCGGCACCAGCACCAGCACAAUGCUGAAGCAAAACUCGCUGCUGGCGCUCAAAUGUGGCUACCUGCUGGACGAGGACUCCAGCCCCGACUCGGACCGGCUGCAGAGCCUCGGUGACGUGGACAGUGGCCACAGUACGGCCCACUCGCCGACCGACUUCAAGAGCAUGUCGCCGCAGGCACCGGGACCGGGUGGCCAGGAGCCGCGAUCGCCGGAGGCCACCUCUCCCUUUCCACCACCGUACGGGGGCGUUCCGUUCAGCCAGCUGGAGAUGCUGGAGGCGACCCACCGGGGACUGCACAAGUUUGUUCCGAGGCACCACGAUGAAAUUGAGGUGGAGAUUGGUGAUCCGAUCUACGUGCAGAAGGAAGCGGAGGAUUUGUGGUGUGAGGGGGUGAAUUUGAGGACUGGGCGGCAGGGCAUCUUCCCGUCGGCGUACGCCGUCGAUCUGGACUACAACGACUUUGACGCGACGGCCGUUGAGAUGAAGCGGGAACGGUACCUGUUGGGAUAUCUUGGGUCGGUGGAAACGCUGGCCCACAAGGGUACGGGAGUGGUGUGCCAGGCCGUGCGGAAGAUCGUUGGUGAUGGGACGGAAUCGCCCAAGGCGCAGGCUUGCAUCCUGGAGAUUUCCGACCAGGGGUUGCGGAUGGUGGACCGGUCGAGGAACAAAAAGGACAAACGGCCCUGCAUCGACUACUUCUACUCGUUGAAGAACGUCUCGUUUUGUGCGUUCCACCCGCGGGAUCACCGCUACAUCGGCUUCAUCACCAAACAUCCGACGGUGCAGCGGUUCGCGUGCCACGUGUUCCAGGGCACCGAAUCGACCCGGCCGGUGGCGGAAGCCGUCGGGAGGGCAUUCCAGAGAUUCUACCAGAAGUUCAUAGAGACAGCAUAUCCAAUCGAGGACAUUUACAUAGAGUAAAAAAGAGAGAUUUCAGGACGGAAAGGUGCGGAAUAUUAAGGUGAGGUCGAGCGGAAGUUUGGGACGGACAACCAGAACAAUUCAACCAAAGAGUAACGUUAUCUCAUUCAUUAAAGCAACAGCAGUUAUUGACUUAUAAGACAAACAUAUAGUUUACCAUUUGUUAGAAAAGACAUUUCCCAGAAGAAAAUAGCGAAAAAAAAAUUACAGCAGUAAAAUGUGACAAGCUUACACCUUCAAAAGUCUUUCUCUUUCUAUUUUAAUCUACUUUACAAAUCUGAAACAAACUGGACAAAAACUGAACUAAAAAUAAAUUAUUGGACUGCAGUUUAACCAUCUCAAAAGUUUUUUUGUUUUCCAUAGCAAAACUAUUACUUAAAAGAAAUACUCUUUUUGUUACUACUCAAAGUAUUACAAUUUUCCGCUAGAAUUGCCGUUUAAAUUUUACACCAGAAAAACACAAAUGAUCACAGCAGCCCACUCAAUUGUCUUUUGCAAGCAGUAACAUAACCAAACUUUUCGGCACCCUCAGCAAACGUCAAAUCAGUACAAAUUACUGCCGGAUCUUGUUCCGGAUCUUUCUCGGAAAAGAUCCGGCAGCAAUUAUGCAUGCUUUGACGUUUGCUGAGGGUGCCGAAAAAAGGUUAAACAAAUCACUUCGUGCAUCAGCCAACAUUAAAAGCAAACUGAGAGCAACAUUACUGGCGUAGCCUACUACGUUCCUAUAGCAACCGAGGGGGAUCAAACUACUUUAGAUCAAACAGUGCGGCCGCGGCGGCUACCUUGAUUCUGCUUUCAGCUCCUGAACAAACGUUGACUUACAAAAUGAUUCGCUAUCAAUUUCGGUGCAAGUUAACAAACACAACCGAACAAAGGCUCAUCGUUUACAUAUGUUUGCAGUCUAACAAAAAAAAAACUGAAUAAAAACAAUACAUUGUAACAAGCAGUAUAUACAAAACAAACAUCUAACAUGAAAAUAAAACAUUACCAUGCGAAAAAAAGCAGUAGCUGAAUGUAAGAGUAGAGAUUUCUUGUAAAUACUAGAUUAAAUUUGUAAAGCAGAAGCAAAAUCGUAUAUUUUUAUGACAGGCAUGGGUUGAGGAUCUGCAGAAGCUAACAAAGCAACAACACAAAUGGAAACAUUCAAAAUAAAAGAGAAGUGGUUGACAAAGUUGCCUAAAGUGUUUUCCAUGGCUGGAAGAAAAUGCUUUUUGUUUUCAGGUAUUUAAAAUUGCUGAUAAAAAGUUAGUAUUUUUUUGCAAUUAUUUAGUUUGUAACAUCAUCAAAACAAGUUGGGGGAGAUUUAUAAUAAGCUUAUUAUCAGUAUGAUUUUCGUUUUCUUCGUUGCUAGUUUUUGAACAUUAUUUCGUGAAUGUUUGAGUGUGAUGAGCGGGAAGCAAAAACGGUACGAGAAAGUGUAGAAAGGGUGUGCGAACGGAGACAUAUAUAGUUAAAUCAUAAAUAUUUCAUAAUAUUAUAGAAAGAGAAACCCAAAAUAAAGACAAAAUGUUAUCAUCAUAAUAAUCUUCAAAGGUCGUUAUUCGAGAGCUGAUUCACAAAACUAAAAGGAAACAAUUGAAACUACACACAAUAAGCAAGCAUUUUCGAACGACAUUAUAAGAAAAGUGACGACAAGAACUACUUAAAAAAAUAAACUGUUGUUUGAAAAGAUUUUAUCGGUUGCAUACAAAACUAAAACUAAAAACAAUAACGCAGAAAAUCUAACAAUAUUUGCAAUAUUAUUUGAGCAAAAAAUGUUAAAAAAACGCAAAUAUUGCAAUGAAAAGAUAAUUCUGAACGCAUCUGUAACAGAAAAACACAUAACAACACACAAAACCAAGUCUUUUCUCUAGUCACAAGUUCAGAAAAAAAGUUUAACACAUUCAAAUAAAAAAAGAAGAAGAAAAUCUGUAAGCAAACCGCAUCUAACACACACCUAGAAACCAAACAUCCACACCAAGAAGCAGCUAGCUCAGCAUUCUUUCUGCAGGCAGGCAGGCAAGAUCGAACCCCUCAAUGAUAGGUACGCCAAACAUCCUUGCAAAAUGCGAAUAAGAAAAAAAAAUAACUUACAAACAAACAGUCAUCUGAAUUCAUUGCGAGAAGCAAAAGAAGAAAUAAAUCGUGUUUGAGGAUGAG